AUGAAAGGAUGGCUCAACCCUCCCGUGGGCAACGGCCAGCAGCCCUCUGGCGGCAAGGGUGGGACAACUACUGGGAGGGACCCUCGCGACGUCUCGCCACGUGACCGCGACAGAGAUAGGCCGCCCCCCUCCUACGACAGCGGCAACGGCGCAAGGCGGCCUCCUGCUGGACCGCCGGCCUACAACGGUGGUGGCGGCGGCGCCAAUAUUCCAUUUCGAGAGACGCCUCCCGCCAGCCGUCAGUCGCUGCCGCCCCCGCGCCAGUCCUCCUUCUCACAGGCGGGAGGCCCGGGCUUCACCUCCCCUCCACUCUCCCCACGUUCGUCGAUGAUGAUGGGGCAGGGCGCUUUCUCGCCGCCCGGGCGAGGGGGUUCCGGGGACGCGCGCCGAGGCAUGCGCGCGCCGGCGGGCAACGACCUGCACCACUACAACGACUACAACGACUACAACGACGAUUCACCCCUCCCCGACCCCGAGCCGCCUGCCCGCAAGCCCUUCUCCCAAGGGGGGGACGACGGAGGGUUUGACGGAGCGCGCAGCAGCACCAGCACCACCGCCACGAGCUACGAAAAGGAAAAGAGGGCCAAGCCCGACUUGGGCGAACGGGAGAUGGGAGGAGCCCCCGUGGAGCUGCAGCUGGGGCUGCCCGGGGAAGGAGACGAGGGGGUGUUCGGGGAGGGCAUGGUCUACAUCUCCCGCAUCAUACAGGAAAAGGAUUCGUACAAGAAGCGGGUCGCCGAGCUGGAGAAUGACAUCCAGCUCUCUCGCAUGGAAAGGGCGUCGUUCAUCGAGCAGAUCAACAAGCAGUUCAAGGAGGAGGAGAAGCUGCUGGCCACCGUCCAAACGAUGAAGAACGAGUUCGAAGAGCUCCGCUCCACCUACACCCAGACCGUAUCCAAGCUCCAAGACUCGCGAGACCCGUCCAUCGUGGAGAUGAUCCGGGAGGAGAACACGAUCCUGAAGGACAAGCUCAAGUCCAUCGAGGGCCACGGUGGCGACGUCAAGGGCCUCGACUUCUCGUCCCUCCCCGCUCCGCGCGGCGGCGACAAAGCAUCAGACACCGAGCUAAAGCUCAAGCGUGCCAUGGAGGAGAAGAAGAUGCUCAUCGCUGCCCUCAACGAGUCCAUGAACAAUGCCUCUCGGCUCGAACGGGAAAACGCGCAGCUGCAAGAAGUCGAGAAUCGACUCAGGCACUCCUGCGUCGUGUGUGUUCCUGACGGGUCGUCUGGCGUGGUGUGGGAUUGGAGCAGGAAUGGGAUGGACGGAAAGAGCACGCCAGAGAGCAUCAUCAGACAGAUCGAGCUCAACGGGUCGUCGGUGCUGAUGUACACCUGCACACGGCUUCAGGACAAGAUCGCGAUUCUCGGCGCCGCCAUCGCGACGCACAACCCCAACGUCAUCAUGACUGUCAUCCUCUACCUCCGAGACACGCUCUCCCAGCUGCACCUGUUUGAGAUUCUUGCGGACCCCAAGCACGCGGUCGCGCUCAGUCAGUACCGUCACCUCCUGGCCCAGUGUGGCUACGAGUCGGAGCUCGCCCAGCUCUACCACUUCCUGGAGUGGCCGCAAAAGGAGGGCAUGUUCAUGCUCAGACAGGCGUUCCGCAUCAAAAACCCGACGGAGCGAAUGAACGCGCUGCUGUUGUGCAUGGACUUCUUCGGCAAGCACGAAUCGCUGCAGUGGUACGGGGAGCAGCUGCAGCAGAAGGUCAACUCGCUGGCCUACCUCCGCCAGCAGCCCGAGCCGCCGUUCGAGCGGCCAUGA